UAUCUUUAAAUUACUAGUAUGAAGUUCAACCUUUAACUAAUUCAACUCACCAUAUUCGUCUGAAUUUAGAUUUCGGAACAAUUCUGCACAUUAAAUUCGUAUAUUUGAAUGGCGUCGUCGCAGUCUGUGUUUGAUUUCACCGUCAAGGAUGCUAAAGGAAAUCAAGUGGACUUAGGCAUUUACAGAGGCAAAGUGUUGCUGAUUGUGAAUGUUGCCUCAAAAUGCGGGAUGACCAAUUCGAACUACACUGAGCUAAAUCAAUUGUACGUGAAGUACAAAGAUCAAGGCCUGGAGAUUCUGGCUUUCCCUUGUAAUCAAUUUGGUGAAGAAGAACCUGGAAGCAAUGAUGAAAUCAUGGACUUUGUCUGCACUAGAUUCAAGUCAGAUUUUCCCAUCUUUGACAAGAUUGAGGUGAAUGGUAAUAAUGCUGCUCCGUUGUACAAGUUCUUGAAGUUGGGAAAGUGGGGGAUCUUCGGUGAUGACAUUCAGUGGAAUUUCGCAAAGUUCUUGAUUGACAGGACUGGACACCCUGUUGAUCGCUAUUACCCCACAACAUCACCUCUUACAGUUGAGAGGGAUAUUAAAAAGCUGUUGGGGCUUUCAUGACCGAUGAGAAAUCCAUGCUCCCGGAGUACUACUGUCGAACCCUUGAUGAUUUAGAUCAAUGUACAUCAAACCAUAAUACAUCCAUCCAGCAAACCCCUCUCAUUCCCAGGCCUCCCACCCAGUGCCCAGUGGACACCACCUUCGUCUUGUGGAAGUGUGACCUGUUGUCGCACUCCGACCUUCCUCUGCCCAGCGAGCACUUGUACGUCGUGUAGACCUUCCCUUGCUUGCAGCAUUCGUAGCUGUUUUUACAGUGACUUACUGACUUUUACCCUCUGUGGUUUGCCUAUCUCUGUUUGCAGCUGCUGACAGGAGAAUAAUAGUAGUAGUAAAAGAAUUUGGCUAACGCAUAAUCUUUUUUUUUUUUCUUCAAGGAUUGCAUUUAUUCUUUUUAUGAUUUACUUCGAUUAAGAGUUCGUAUUUAUAAUUUAUUUCGAUUA